AUGCAACCGUUUAAGAAAGAUGACGUGUUGGUGGAUUACCACAGCAAAGUCGUCACCAACAUCAAUGCCGACCAGUACUGUCUCCAACCAGGAGUUCUAAGCGAAUACGUAUUGCAAAUUGCGGGUCCUCCUAGGCGACUGAUCGACGAAUCAAAUGAGGAGUGCCCGAAACACAAAUUGGUCGUUUGCCUGGGUCGUUCGGCAAACCACGCCACCCAGAAGAAAAACAAGGCCAAUAUGAAGAUGGUGGAAGUUGUACUUUCCAUCAGAGGUGAGAGAGUAGUCAUCCUAAAAGCCAGGAGAGACAUUGCACCUUUUGAGCAAUUGCGCUUUGACUAUGGAGACAAAGUUGCUCAAGCGUUGUUUGAUGAAAGCAGAUAA